AUGAAUGACUUAGCUCACCUUGCGCCGGUGAUCCUAACAUUGCUUGUAUGCCGGAAGCUGUUGCAACUUGACUCGUCUCUACCACCAACGCGACUUGGUCUGCAGGAGGAUGUUGACGGCUGCUGCAGCGGCGCGCCAGCAUCGCUUCGAUGUUCCUCCACCUCGACAUCUUCUUCUGACUCCCACACCCCAGCGCCAGAGUCCAAAGCUGCGCCAUCAUCAUCGACAUCGUCUUCAUCUUCGCCGAGCGGGCACGCUGGUGCUUCGGACUCAGCAAAUCACAGCGCACAUGGCGGGCCACCUUUCUCGUUCGAGCCACCUCGGCCGCGGCGCGGCAAAGUGCGACGCGCGAUGUUUGUGCUCGGCUGGAUCCCCGUGGCCGCAUUCAUCACCUCGCAUCUCUACAGUCUGGGCAACGUGACUGGCGGAUCGAUGUCGCCGACCUUCAAUGGACCAUACGCCGAAGCGUCUGCCGCGAAUGCACGCGCCGAUGUCGUGCUGCUCAACCGCAGCGUCUCGUACCAGCAUAACGAGCUGCGACCUGGCGAUAUCGUCACGCUCAUCUCGCCCCUCGAUCCGCGGCUGCUGCUGACCAAGCGUGUGAUUGCGCUUCCUGGAGACACGGUGCGUGUAUGGGCGCCCGGGGCAUCGACAAGCGCGGGAAAGUGGACUCGUAUCAAGAUCCCGCCCGGCCACGUGUGGGUCGAAGGCGACGCGGCCGUUGACAUUGUGCCACGCAGUCUGGAGAAAGUAGCCAACUCGGCGAGGCUGCCAGCGGGCGUACGCAACAAGAGCCGCGACUCGCGCGAGUUCGGCCCCGUUCCCAUGGGCCUGAUUACAUCCAAGAUCGACUGGAUCGUGUGGCCGCCAAAGCGAUUCGGGCCCCCAGGGCCAAGACCCACGCCAGCACCGCAGAGGACACAGGCGGGACAGUAUCCGCCGUCACUUACGGAGCCAGAGGAUCGAUCCACUCAGGUCAACCCGAGUCUCGCAAGGAUCCUGGACGAGAUGACGCAGCUUGCACCGGGUGCGCGCGCCAAGGCGCAUCCCGAGGACUCGGUCAUCAGCCCGUACAUCGACUGGAACGAUCCCAACGCCGAACCGGAAGCACACGAUAUAGAUGCAGGGACCGCAGAGUCGGGUGUUCUUGAAACAGCGGGGGAAGCGCGGAAAACAGCGUGGAACAGUCUCAGCAGAGGCGGCCGACUCGGCGACGAUGCCGACUAG